AUGUUGGAUGAGCCAUCUACAAUUCUCCACCAUGAGGUCACUUAUCCCCUCUUGUCGCCUUGCGAGACUGUAGUCGACGGCACUACAACACCUUCAGAUAUUAUAUAUGGGAAUCUUGGAGACGUGAAUUUUCAGAACCUUCAUCUCAGCAGAGUGAUAACUUCAACUAGCGGGUUAAUUGCUAGUCCGACAAUGGCUCCCUCAUUGGACAACUACACAACACGAAUUGGCCUGGAAGGCUGCCCCAUCCCUACAGUCGGGAAUGCAAAGAGCAGGCGUCGGUUGAAAAAUCGAGAAUCGCAACGUCGCUUUCGUGAGCGCAAGGACCAAUUACAGAAGGCUCUCCAGCAACAGUUGGAUCAUUCUCGCACAGAAUAUGAAGCACUCCUUUGCAAAUACACCGAAAGCACAACCGAAGCCGCUCUUCUCCUUCAAGAGAAUGAUUCACUUCGGUCAGAGAUCAAGGAUCUUCGGCGACAUCGACAACUAAUGUUGAGCGUCAUGAAGUCGCUCCAAGGCUCAAAGCCGUUAUCCGAGUUUGGAGAUAGUGGAGUGCUACUGGGUGAUGUGAUACACUACCUUGCGGAUAUGCCGCCACGACGUGGAGAGAGCCAGGAGAAACGUCUCAUCUUCGUCGGAGGCCCGGCGCUGGUAGACAGGUCAGGGCCGAUUCGGUCCAGCCUUCUUCAGCAAGCACAUCGCCAAAGGAAAUCCCAGCAGAGGCAGAAUGCGGCAACGGAGCGAGAACUUCUCCUUAGGCAGAGGAGGGAUAUAUGUGCAUGCAGCGACAAAGCCUCACUUCCUACAUUGCCAACCCUAGGAGUCUCGGGCGAUACACGUUAUCAGCCUAUUAGGCCAAAGGGGUACGCGACCCCUGACACAGGACAAGGCCUUUUGUGUUCUGUCAGCGGGAAACCCUCAGCUUCGCCAGGCCAAAUUGUCCCCUUGCAAGCAUGGGAUGUAGGGGCGGGGGCUUUCGAUCCAAUGAUUCCAUUGGACGAGACUACCUCUCAAUUGAAAGUCCAGGAGAUUCUGCAUUUUGCAUGCACUUCUAUCUGGCCAAACUUCCGUCCCUUGACCUAUGCGUCCAAAUGCUAUCAAUCCUGGGUAUUCCCAUGUGACAACAAAGUACGCCUGUACGCGGUUCUAUGGGCAGCUUCCUACCAUCGCGCCGUCCUCAACGUGACCUAUGGCGGUCCGACCUACCAAGCUGAAUCAAAAGAGCAACUCAUUUUGAAAGGGUUGACUCUGAAAUCUCUGCGGAAUGAAGUUGAAGCAUUUACCGGAUCAAAGCCUCUCGAUAGUAUUAUCAUGUGUAUCCUCUACUUGGCGGUUAACGAAACAACCGAUGCACGGAUAUAUCGCGACCCCAGUCCUUUCAACCCUCCAUUUACCUACCUCCACGCCCUGGAUAUUUAUGGUAGUCGAGAUUACCACCCGAUUCAUUGGACAAUUAUACAAAAUCUACUUGCUCGACAUGGUGGAGUGGAAGCUCUUCAAGAUCAUGCGCUUGCUUGGCUUCUGUCAUUAUCUGACAUCAUGCGCGCGCUAAACACGCUGCAGAGGCCAAUAUAUCCCUGUCUGGAUAUCCAUGGGAAGCGAAUGGUCUUGGAAUCUCCUCUGAUUCUGUUUAGACCUUAUGCCUCGCAUUUUGCUCUGGAAAGUGCCGGAUCUGGUUUCGAAGAACUGCUUUCUAUAAACCCCCCUGUGCAUCGAGGAAUUGUGGCAGCGUUUUCACAGAUCGGACAGCUAUCGCUUGUGCUACAAUACUACACGAUGGAGUCAUUGAGUCCAGAAGUCCUUGACCUUCUCGGUGAUUGUCGAAACUAUGUUCACCACAACUUGUUCUCUUCACCCGACACUAGCUCCGCUGCGGAGGAAAUUUUGCAACUUUCUGACCAAGGACCUGACGCAAUCGCGUUGUCGCGAGAGAUCUAUCUGACUUGCCGACUUGCAUUGUUCCUAUAUGCAACGCAUGUUACCUUCCCACUUCCAAGGUCGGCUACUGUCAGAAGACAACUUCUACAGCAAUUGUGUCACAAAAUUGAGUUUCUGGCAGAGAGAAGCACGGCUAGACGGUUGCUACUAUGGUGUGUUAGUGUUGUCCUUGUCGCCUCGGACAUAGAGCCAGAGAAGGCGAUAGUCGAUCUGUUUAAGAUGUUGUGCUACGAGUUGGAACUCACAGACUUGAAUGGUUUACUGAUGUUAGUUCGAGAGUUUGCAUUGGUGGAUAAAGCAAUCGACCACCAUUAUGAGAGGUUGGAUGCUAUAUUAACCAUGGAUUAAUACAAUAUACCGUAGCUUUACUAUACCAUCAAUAUUUA